CAUUUGUGACCUAAUGACAACUGAAACUGCAUUGCUAGCAUGUUUUUAGCUGAAGGCAGGGACUCAUGCUGUCUCACAGCUCUUGUUAUCUAUUUGGUAUAUUUAUUAAUACAAUUAUCUUAUUUUUAUUUUAAAAACCUUUACGUCAUAAUUUUAGAUGGAAGGUUGCGUUUUCGUUUCUGGGUAAUUGCUAUCUCUCUUCGAGUCUGGACACAUCUCAAAACUUUGAUGCUUAGGGUCUGCUAAAGCCAUAUUUAUCCUCUGAAAAAACCUCACAUACUGUUCAAAUCUGAAGGGUUUUCUGUAUUUGUCAUGUGUGUAACGGUAAGGCCAUAACUCUAACCAUGUCGUUGGUGGAUUACGCAUCUUCAUCCGACGAGGAAAUUGAAGAACAGCAACAUGAAGAAGUCAAAGAACAAGGCCCGCAACAAUCUUAUAGCGAUAAUCUAACAGGCUCAUUACAAGGUCAACUAUCAGAAGCAGCAGAGAAUUCUCCCACAGGGCCCAUAACAGAACUUCCAGAUGCUUCGGUGUUGCUCGGGUCACUAACAGGGCCAGCUAAUUUGAUAGGUAAUGACCAUUCUUCUAGGGUUGCUGCAGCUAUGGCAGCAAGUGCAUCCAGGAAGAGGCCAGAGACAAAUGGUUCUGUUGGACCAUUGCCAUACAGAAAGCUCCCAAGGCAGAGCUUGUCACCUUCAAGGCUUCCCUCUGAUGCUUCAGGAGGUGUUUUGAUACCACCUCAACUGAGAGGCAGGAGCAAUGUGGUAACAGAAGACAUUGACAAGCUGUUUGUGAGGAGAAAAAGAACUGAGGAUGAUAGGAGUGCUCCCUCAGUUGCCAUUUAGUAAAUGGAGAUAAAAGCUUCUUUCAUGGAAUGUUUUCCUUGUAACAUGAAGAAAUUGUACUGGUAGUUUCUGAUCUAAAUUACAUUGCCUUCUAAUUUGAACUCUUCUUAGUUUUCUCACUUGAGCCAAGGUAAUACCCUAUCACCAUAGAAUGGCUGUCAGACUUUUUGCGCUUACAAUGCAAAUAAUAAUGUUUGUACACUGUGUAUGCCAAAGAAGAAAUGGCUUCUGUUUUCCAUGCA